AAGUACACGACCACCGGCAAGUCAACCUCAUUUGGAUAUUUCGAGGGAAGUGCGAGGACGACGUUGUGAAAGUGGACAUCUACAGUAGCUGGGGUUAGUGGACAUACCCAGCCAUGUCAUUGCUUACCCUCGAGGCCAAGUUGGAGAGGGUUGACCCAUCCACGCAAUGGGGAUUUCGUAUGCAGGGAGGACAAGAUUUUAGUGCCCCACUAACGAUACAGCGGGUACUUCCUGGAAGUUUGGCAGCCAAAUGUGGAUUACAACAAGGGGACAUAAUCCUCAAGAUCGGAAACAGUGAUGCCAAUGUAAUGAAACAUAAAGAUGCCCAGGGGGCCAUCAUGGGGAGUGGUAACAAGCUGGACUUGCUGCUGCAGAGAAUUAGAGAAAAGAAAGCUAAAAAGCCAACCAAUAAUUUUAUUGGAAAAAAUUUGGAACAGUACAUGGAGGAAGAAUCUACAUCAGCUGAUCAAGGAGCCCCACCCCACCAGUACCAGUAUGAGAAGUUCUCUGCGCCAGCUGUUCCCAGCAAGGCUGGAGGUCUCAUCCAGUAUGGAGAUUCUUCUUCAAACUUUAACACGUCUGCACGCCCCUAUGGAGCACCACCACAGGCACCACCGGCACCGCCGGCACCACCUACCCAGUCCUCGACCUUCCAGUCCCAGAUCAACACCAUGUCACAGCAGACACAAAACAUAUCCUUGACACCUAAGCCUGCAGUCGCAGAUUUCCAGACUGCUGCUCAGAGGUAUGCAGAACGGGAGGACAAACCGUCAUCAGCCAACCAACAAUCUAAGUCAUUCAAGACACUACAGGACGCCAUAGAUAGUGGACAGGAUCCUCCCUCUGCCUUACUCCCCCUUCAGACAACUAACCCGCCAGUUGAUAGGCGCAGCCCCUCCCCCCUCCAACCAGCAGCAGGCACCACGGGAAUGCCCUCUCUCAACAGCAGCCAUGUCGCCCAAUUCAACAAUAUCACUCAGUUCAACUCACCGGCAGGGCUAUACAGCAGUGACAGUGCCAAUAGUUCAUUCCAGGCCCAAAGAACCAACGGCGACUCCUCAGAUACAAGCAGUGGCACAGAAAAGGAUGUUGACGAUUUUGGCCGAAAAAUCUACAGACCAUCAGAAACAUUUAAACUUGUACAUGAACAAGAUGAUCCUACUCCUAAACAAGAUGAAAAUUUCAAAUCUAAUCCAUCACGGACAUUUCAGAUUUUACAGCAGCAGCUAGGACCUGGAUCGGCUGCCCCACCCCCAGCACCUCCAGCUGUAGAUCCUCAUACUGUGCCCUCAUGGGUACCUGGGGUUAGCAAGCGUCCAGAUCUGCCUGUAGAGAUUGCAGCAGAGAGGUUAUCUGAAGUUCUCCAAGAUGCUCCUCAAGACCUUCCACAGAUACAGCCCCUCAUCAGCGCGGUCCCUCAGGAUGUUGUUCCUCCUGAACCAGCACUCCCACAAGAGGCUCCCUCAGAGCUGCCUCCUCAGGAACCUACUCCUCCUCAACCGGAACCUCCCAAGCCACAGGUUGCACCACCUGUGGAGGCGCCAAAACUAGCCCCAGCUCCAGCUCCAGCUCCAGCUCCAGCUCCUGCACCAGUACCCUGGGCCACUUCUGGUCCCAAGGCUGCUGCCCCAUCUCCAAAGGCUUUUGUACCCAAGGUCCAGCCAAAACCCUCUAGUGCCCCUGUUCCUCGCCCAGGGGAUGCACCACCCAGACCAACAGGAACUGGCGCUGUGAGGGGUAAGAAAGGAGAUGUUACUGUGUACCAGGAGGGACAACCUAUUCCAGGUGGAGCUAGAGUUCCCAUCUGUUCUACUUGUGGCAAUUCCAUCAGGGGUCCGUUUGUGGUGGCCAUGCACAAGACAUGGUGCCCAGAUCACUUUGUGUGUGCCCAGCCCCGUUGUGGUGUGAAGCUGCUAGAUAUUGGCUUUGUGGAAGAGGGCGGCUUCCUGUACUGUGAAAAGGAUUAUGAGACUUACUUUGCCCCGAAGUGCACUAUCUGUAACCAAGCCAUUGUUGGGGAAUGUGUCAAUGCUCUGCAGAAGACUUACCAUCCAGAUUGCUUUACAUGUCAUCAAUGUAAGCAGGCUAUCGGCGGCAAUCAGUUCCAUCUGGAGGAUGGUCAUGCCUACUGUGAACAUGACUGGAAACAAUUGUUCCAAACUAUGUGCAAGGGAUGCGCAUUCCCAAUUGAACCUGGCGAUCGCUGGGUUGAGGCCAUGAGCAGCAACUACCACUCUGAGUGCUUCAACUGCUCUACUUGCCAAGUAUCAUUGGAAGGACAACCAUUUUAUGCCAAGGCAGGAAAACCCUACUGCAAGAAGCAUGCACGAUAGAGCGAUAUAACAGUGUUAUUGUUGACGACCUACCAAUUCCUCUGUACAGCACUGACAGCUGCCUUGUCAAUUACAUCUCGGCAUAUCACACCAUGACAAGGCUGUAACAGAAUUCAGGGGAACCGAACAUUUUAUUCCUUAAAUAAGCUAUUGAUAUCAAAGAUGCAGUCCGUCAACUCCAAAUAUUCAAAAAGUGAAUAAAAAAGGAUACACCUAUGCAAUUGGUCAACUUAUUAAAGGAAAUUCCUAUCCUUGCUAAUUAUGCAUAUUAGAUCUAGGUUUUAAUUUCAUGUGUGAUACAUUUUAAUCCUUGCCAAAUGUAUUCUCUUAUUGCAAUAUACACAACCCUGCUAUCUGGUCCUCAAAGCUUAUUUGUGUGUAAUGAGUAUACAAGGGGACACAACUCCCAUCGAUCUUUUGACUUUGCAGAUCGGUUGAUUCACAGGGUUUUAGUAACGUGAGCCAAAACAACCAAAACUGGUCUGGUCCUAGCUGUGUGAUUGGUUGGAGACAGAGAUCUUGUAUUAGGUGUAGCCGUGAUAGGUGCCUGUCGCUAAGUAUGAUAGGUUUAUAUUAAAAUUUUAACACUGAUUUUUGUAUAUUUUGUAAUUGUAUACAUAAUUUUAAGAAAGCAUAAUAUAUUUUCCUAAAUAAUGCCUUACUGAUUUUGCAUCUUAAAAUUAUGAAUACUGGUUCAUACUUGUCCCAGUAUUGGCUUUAAUUCAGUGAUUGGUAAAUGGGCGUGUUUAUAUUCCAUUGCUAUAGUUACCAUUUGAAGUGAUUUCAUCAGAAUGGAACUUGCCUCUCCCAUAGAGUAAGUACUAUCAUCCUGGCUUGGUGUAUGGUUGAGGACAUGUAGUGGUUAAUGUAUUUCAAUGUGGAAGAAAUAAUCAGCAUUACAUGUUUACAUUCAUGUUGGUCCUCGAGUAGAGUCGUUUAAAUAUGAUUAACCAUCUGCUUAUAGUAUUACUUGUUCGAAGGUAGUUAAGAUGUUAGGCUCAAGAAAGUGAAAUAUUUUUUCCUGAAUUUGUGAAUCUGCAGCAUUUUUUUCCUUAUUUUUUUUCUGCGAAAUGAAAUAAAUGUUUUAUAUGUGGCAAUAUAUCUCAAUUGUAUGCAAAUUGAAUAAUGAAACUCUGUGUUUGACAUGAAUUUAAGUGUACAAAUGCAAAGUAAGGUUGACAUAGAACAAAGGUACAUAGUAUUUAUAUUUGUAUGAGUUGGUGAGAGACGAGUGAUGAUGUAUAAAACAGCUAGCAUGUUGUACAAAAUAGUUUGUGUGGAGUUCAUGUACAUAUAUCUAAAUCAACAAUGGAUAUUAGUAUAACAGUGAGUGGAUUACAUACUUUGGUAAUGACUAGAAUUUCAAACUACAAAAUUGUAUUUCUGAAUAUUAAUGGCUUUUUAUAUUUCAUAUCAAAUUUCAAUGCAAUUUAGCGUUUGAUACUGCUGAUCAUAUUAAAUUACUGUUGAAGUAUAAUGAUGGGUAUGUUUAUUAUCAGGAAAAUGUUCAUUACCUAAAUAGGAUCAGAAAGUUGGGAAUAUUAUUGAAGAGGUUGGAAGUUGCUUCACUAAGGAUCCCCCAGCAAGGGGUGAACAACUAACAGUAACGCCAUACUACAAAAACAUCUAUCAGCCUCCUAAUGCUUAAUCAGCUUAUGGUGUCCAUCUUGAGCAGAUUUUUAAAUCAGCAAGACAGUAAAGUCCACAAUUUCAGUGGAAAAUUUUCUUCAUUAGAUCUGAGAUUUUCUCUAGAAACUUGGUGUCUAUAAAAGGGGGAUUUUGCAGCGUGACAAAUUUUAGGCUUGCUGUAUCUUGUUAUAGUGACAGAUCUAACCUGCAUAUAACCUUGAUGAUAAUGUAAAAUAGACAAAUUAUAUUUAUACAUUGUAUAUAUAAGAUAAUUCACUGCCAGUGUAUGACAUAGGUACUAACAUGGUCAAUGUUCCUCUAUAGCCCCAUGUGUACCCAUAUAUAUUAUCUACUGGCAAGUGUACCAGAGUGCUGUGUUAUAUACAUACAUUUUAUGCGGGGUUCAGGCUGAGUUAACCUAACAAAUCUUGUUAAAAUGUAUUUUUAAAUCAGUAGAAGAACUAUUAUUUGCCAGAUCGUGACCUUUUAAACAUGAUGUGAUUACCUAAGUGUCAUUUAAACAAGGAAUGUUACAGAAGUCCAAAAAGUAAACUUUUCACAAAAAAUCUC